AUGAAAAUCUUGGAGCGAAUUGUAGACAGCCGUAUCCGGGAUAUCGUUGAGUUUGUCACUAACCAGUGCGGUUUCGUAGCUGGUCGUAGCACCAACGAUGCAAUACACCCCACUAGCCUUCUUCUGAAAAAGCAUCGCGAGAAACGAAGACCGGUACACCUUGCCUUUCUAGACUUGGAGAAGGCUUUUGAUCCCAUUCCACGUGACGUUAUGUGGUAUGCCUUACGACAGCAUGGCGUUCCCGAAGAGCUCAUUGAGUGGGUGCGCAUCCUUUACACUAGUCCAAUGAGACGAGUGCAUACGGCAGCGGGGACAUAG